AGGGUGAAGUCAGCGGACAACAACAACGCCGCAAGGCUCUAGGAGUGGCAAGUAGCACUUCGCUCGACAAAAUCUUGCCGGAGACCUAUUCAUUUGCCAGAUAAAAGUCGUCUCUAAAUCACCACGGUUACAGAUAUCUGAAAGUCUUCUCUCACAGUCGGUUGGAUGGAAACGUGGAAGAGUCUGCUUAGAUAACAAUCUGACCCAGUUAACAGACAACCAUAGAAUUGACAGACAAACUUUGGAUGUAGACAAAAGUUAAAACAGACAUUGUUGACCUCCAAGAAGAAUCUAAUGUGUGUCAUAGUGUCAGGACAGUAUGUAUAGACCUCUCCGAUGAACCUCCGAUGUGGCCAAUCCAUCACGUAGAAUGUGUUAAUUCCCUUUAAAUUGAUCCUGUCAAUUCGUCUGUUUAAACUGGAAUAGAAAACGAUGUCAGAUCCCAAAGUCACACCUCAGGUGUGGCGCAUGGUUAACACACAAACUGUUGACGUGUCAAAUAAACAAGUGUGUCGCAGUGAAGAAAGAGCCGGCCGAAGACUGCAUGACAUAAUUCAACGGCUAUCAGCUGCUAACAAAAAAGAUUCAGGACUAACACGCGAUGAAAAUCUAUCAGAACCAUCUGGUGUGUCUGUGUUCUCUGAAAGUGAACACUCUGCAGAUGAAAGGUCAACAUCAGUUUCAACAGAAGACGAUUCUACCCCAAAUCAAUUCAGUUUUGUUCACAGCACUGAAUCUGAAGCUGCAAAUUCACCACAGAUUGGGACGACUACAAAAACUGGCAGCUCUAGUUCUUCUGUCAACCAUUUUCCUGUUUUCAGCCCUUCCGUCAUACUCAGCAAGAAUUCCCAAAAAGACAGGUUACCUGAUCUUUCAGAUGAGUCAUUACAGUCAACGGAAAGUGAUACCAUGGCUGUGGUAUCAACAAGUUUUGCUCCGCUUGGUGUAGACAGAGCAAUUGAGGAGCGUGAAACUUCACAACAGAGUAUUACUGAAGCAGCUGAAAAACGAUACCCCUGUGAAACUUGCGGCAAGAGGUUUCCUGCUAAAUCUAAAUUAAAAGAACACACUCGAAAACACACAGGUGAAAGACCUUACGCUUGCGCAACUUGUGGAAAGAACUUUGCAAGCGCGUCAACCAUGAGAAAGCACAGUCAAACGCACACAGCUGAAAAACCUUACAUCUGUUUUACUUGUGGCAAGAGUUUUAUAGCUGAAUCAAUCUUGGAACAGCAUAUUCAAGUACACACAGUUGAAAGGCCAUAUAGCUGUGAAAGUUGUGAGAAAACUUUCACUAAUACUUACUCAUUGAAAAUGCAUGCUCGUAUACAUACAGGUGAGAAACCAUACUCCUGUGGUAUUUGCGAUAAAACCUUUGUGCAUAAAGUGUCACUGGAAAGACACAAUCGUAAGUACACAGGUGAUACACCAUACACCUGUACUGCUUGUGGUAAAAGAUUUCAUGACCAGACAAGUUUGAUAAGACACACUCUGAAACACACAGGUGAAAAACCAUUCUCUUGUGAAACUUGCGGCAUGGGUUUUAUCAAUGAAUCGUCAUUGAAAAAACACAUCCCAAAACACACAGGUGAAAGAAAUUACAGCUGUGAAUUUUGUGGCAUGAGCUUUAUCCACCUGGCCUCGGUGUCAAAGCACAGGAGAAGACACACAGGUGAAAAGCCACACAGCUGUACCACUUGUGGUAAAAGAUUUACAGAAAAAGGCUGUUUGGAAAGACACAUUCGCACACACACAGGUGAAAGGCCUUAUAUAUGUAAGACAUGUGGUAAAAGCUUUUCACGUUUGACUGGCCUGGAUAGACACAAUCGUACACAUACAGGUGAAAAACCCUACAGCUGUAUUUCUUGUGGUAAAAGAUUUGCGGAUCGGUCAAAAUUGUUAGCACACAGUAGAAAACACACAGAUGAAAUUUCACACACUUGUGAAACUUGUGGCAUAAGCUUUAUCAAUCAGUCAGCAUUGAAAAUCCACAAGCAAGAACAUCUUACAUCAUAAUUUUUGUGACAAAAGGUUCUGAUACCUUUGCACAUUGAAGGGAAACCGUUGAGAACACACAGCUGGUAGGCCUUACACCUGUCAAGGAGACACCGGUGAUAGAGCUUGUUAAGGUCAAGAAAACAGGUGGUAUAUCUUACACCAGUCCCAAACACACAGGUGUUACACAUUACACCUAUCAAGAGCAUAUAGGUGGUACGCUUUACACCCGUCAAGAACACACGUGGUACACCUUGUACCUGUCCACCACAGUAAGGUGGUACAGCUUAAACCUGGACACACGUGUUGCCUUGGGGAAAGGUGCUCAGUUGAAUGUUUUGACAGCUGACGAAACCACACACAGCUAAAUCAUACACACGUGUAAAUAUUUGUAAAAAGUGUUUCUUACAGGAUAGGGACGAACUGGAUUUGACAUGGUUGUAGUAAAAUGCCUGCUAAUGAUACUGUAAUACGAUGGAGAUAAAAAUAAUAUAGUUAGGCUUCCAGACAUCGUCAGACAGAUCGUUGGAAGUCUACACGUUCAUGUACAUUGUAUUUGUGGCAAUC